AUAAUUUCCAGGUGGUCAAACAGGGCAAGCAAAAAAAACCAAAUCUCCAAAUUACAUCCCCAAAAGGCGCAGAUAAAAUAAUCGUUCACUCGAACGAAAUCGUUCUCUCUCUCUCUCUCCUCUUUCGUCCGGGCGAUCUUUCUGUAUUUCAUCGCCGAAGUAGGUGGCAAUGAUAAUAGAAAGCUGGAUCCGUUAAGCACCACGUGGAUAUACGAUCAUCACUUUUGUUUGUGUUAAAAGUCCAGCCUGUGCCUAAUUUGUACUUGAAGGGUCUUCUGAGAAAUAGAGGACCCUUCAGACAGGAUUUCUUGGGUUAACUUCGAGCUGUUAACUACAAGACAAGUUUGUUUGCAUAGGCGGUCAGGGUAAAGGUGGUCGGUUUGAUAAACAUGCCAGCUGUACAAAAGCUUUAUAACGCCUGUAAAGCAUCACUUUCUACUAAUGGACCCAUAUCAGAAGAUGCUCUUGAGAAAGUCCGUUCCCUCUUAGACAAAAUCAAGCCUUCUGAUGUAGGUCUUGAGCAGGAGGCACAACUUGUCAGGACUUGGAAAGGUACCAUGCAUGAGCGUAAUGGGGGUUUACGACCAAUCCUGCCAAUCAAAUACCUACACUUGCAUGAAUGUGAGAGCUUCACUAUGGGAAUAUUCUGCAUGCCACCUUCUUCAAUCAUUCCUUUACAUAACCACCCUGGGAUGACCGUUUUAAGCAAGCUUAUAUAUGGUUCCUUACAUGUGAAAGCUUAUGAUUGGAUCGAUAGUCCGGGUCCUUCAGUUCCAUCCGAAGGUGCAAGACCUGCUAAACUUUUUAAAGAUUGUGAGAUGACAGCUCCAUGUGGGACAACUACUCUGUAUCCGACGGCUGGAGGCAAUAUUCAUUGUUUCAAAGCUAUAACCCCUUGUGCUAUUUUUGAUAUCCUGUCUCCACCCUACUCUUCUGAUGAUGGACGUCAUUGCACUUAUUUCCGAAGGUCUCCUCGAGGGGAUCUACCAGGUGAGCUCGAGGUCGAUGGGGAGAUGUUCACAGAUGUGACUUGGUUGGAAGAGUUUCAACCUCCCGAUGACUUUGUCAUCCAUCGAGGCCAAUACAAGGGUCGUACCAUCAAACCGUAGAGGAUGGUUCAUUUUUGGUUCUAUCGAUCAACUUUUUGAAUGCAGUGAUUAGUUGAUUUGGGCGUUAUUGAGGUGAAGUUGUUAUAUGUCUAGACAAUAUGGAAAUAAUGACUGAUGUUUUCUAGAGAAUAGGCCAUUUUCUCAUGUACAUAUUAUAUACCAUACAUUAAUUUAGAUCUCACCUUAAAUUAGUGCUUUUAAACUUUAUAGUCGCACUAUAUGAACUUUUU